AUGGACAACACGCUAUCCCUAAGCUUAAUGAUAAGCUUUGUGGCAGGACGGGCUGAAGAUGAGAGGGCAGGAGAAGGAGCCAUUGCCCCUCUUCCCGCCUCCCCCAGUCCCACACCUGCCGCAGGUUGGGUUUCUAUCACUUGCAACCAAGACGUCCGGGAGGAAAAAGAGACCCCCGUCCUCGUCACGGGAGCUGUGCCAGGAUGUGCGAGGUGCUGCCACCACACAGGGGAAUAUGACACAGGACUCCCCACCCCCGGCUUACGUCUGGACGACAGGGAGAUCUGCGUCCAGAGCAAGAAGUGCAAGAGUGGGUGCUGUCGCCGGGAGACCGAGGGCUGCGAGUCGCACUGCGCCCCCUAGGGGUCCGAGGGCAGCACGCGUCACACGCAGGUGGGUGGUGGCGCCCCCUGGGGGGCGGGCGGGGUGAGCGGGGAGGACCCCCGGAAAGGAGGGGCGGGGGCGGACCCGGAGCACAGGGGAGGGUGUGGGCUCGGCGACGGCGACCCGGAGCGGGGAAUUGUCUGCUGCGACGGCACCUCCCAGCCGCUUGGGGGAGCCUGUGGACCGACCCAAGGAAGGGGUCCCUCAAGCCCAGGCUCCUCUGCUGUGUGCAAGCAGAUGGUCUUGCAGGGGAGCACUUCCAGGGGAGUGAAGGCUGCCCCCUCAGGGCUGAGGGCAAAGCAGCCCCCAAGGUCAAGGUCAAAGUCCUGUCUUUCGCAGACAUUCCUGGGCCUGUAUAACGAGUGUCCCCGCCUGCCGAACCUGACGUGUGUAUUUCCGAAGAAUGAGACAUCAUUUAACAUCAUCUAUGGCCGUUGUAAGAAAAUUGAAAAAAGGAAGUCAGCUAAGAACAUUUUCUUCUAACGCUCCCUCCUUGCUGCCUUCCCCACCUCCUCCAUCUACUCCUAUGCCUCCCCAAAUUUGUGUUCUUGCCCCUAGCCCUCAGAGCCUCCACCAGCAGGGGAGGGGCAGGGAGGGAGGGAGGGAUGAUGCGCCAUCAGUGGAAUAAAGACUUUUCAGUGUUUGCUGCCCCUGGUGCCAGGGGCUGGGGAGGCGUGGCUGGGAUGGGCCGGGCACAGGUUGCUGGGGAGUGAAGGGGCUGAGAGGCCGGAAGCUUAGGCUUGGGCCUUUCCCCUGUUGGGGCAUGAACGAAAGUCCCCCAGAGGAGACUUGAGCUCUUCUCCCCACCCCAACCCCUUUCUGGCUUCAGCCCAUUCCAUAAGCCACCCGCCAAAAGCUCAGUUCACACCUGAACUCUUGGUUCCCCCUGACCUUAAAGGUCAGAAAUGUGAAAGGAAGUGUCCAAGACAAAUGUGUAUGAAGAAUUGGCAGUCUCAGUGGGUAGAACAUGUGAGUCGUUCUCUGGGUCAUGAAUUCGAGCCCUACGCUGGGUGUAGAGAUUACUUAAAAAAAAAAAAAUUGCCGGUGUUUAUGGAGCACUUACUUUAUGCCGGGGGCGGUACCAGAUCCCUUACACACAGGAUCUCAUUUCAUCCUACAAAAAAACCUUAGGAGGAGGGGUCAGAACUUUGAUCACCCCAUCUCAGGAGAACCUGAGACAGACUGAGCAACUUGUUCACAGUCCCAGCGCUUGAACGUGAUGAAUCGGACUCUUUUGGGAGAUCAGAAGAGAAAGGAAGGAUGAGAAAAGGAGAGCCAAGGAAAGAGCGUGAGGAAAAGAAAGAUCAGAGCGCCUACUGUGCCGUGGGGACGGGGAGACAAUGAAUCAGGACGAGUUUCCGCAAGCUGUACCUUUGGGUUGUGAGGCUUUAAGAGCCAGACGCUAGCUUGCUGGCUGUGGGUGUCGUGAAUUCUCUGCAGAAGCAGGCUUCAAGGCAGCCCUGCUAUAUUUGCGUUACGUUCUGGGAAUAAAGAAUUCAGAUUUGGGACCCAAAGUUCCAUGGUUAGCUACACUUCUGAUUAGCUGAACCAAGUGUGAACCCAGAUCUGAGCCAAGUAUGUCCUCCAGGAUGUCAGGCUUAUGGUGCGAGAGCUCAGUAGUUGAGAUAGAAGCUGGGGUUUACUUAAAGCACCCCCUGUAAGUCUUAGCAACACUCUAACCUUUAUCUUGGUGGAAAUUGCUCCUAAAUGUGUCAGACAGAUCCACAGUGUCACGUGUACUUCAGAAAGACACAGGGCUACGGUGCAUGAGCUCCCCUUAUUUGGAGAAAAUCUAUGAAAGGCCCUUGGAAGGGGAGACUGCAGGCUAGAAACCCAGCCUCCAAGAAUACCUAAUGUCUUCAAAUUUAGAAGGGGAGGGGGGAAAAUACAUUGCUGAUGUGAUUACACUGGUUUCAUACAAUGAAGAGGAGAAACUUUUCCUCUACCCUCUUAGGUUCAGUGUUGGAGGUCUGCAAAUUAAACUGACAAAAGACAGAUUGGCAAGAGAAAAGAGAGAUUUUUCUAUUCACAUACAUACGCAUGUGGGGGAGUUCACAGAAAAAGGUGACCCGAUGGGGCAGUUAGAAUUUGGGGCAUAUAUAUCAUCUUUAUUGGGGAAGGGGAAUGGGAGAAGGACCCUCUGGAAAAUGGCUUCUUAAUAGGGGAAGAAAGAGCACUUAGGGGAAAACACAUUAUUUUUAAGAAAGAUAAAUGGGCCCUUAGGAGAGUAGAUGACAGUUGUGAUAGUUUUUGUGACAAUGUCCAUUUAGGUGUGGUGCUGACUUCUGCAGUGAUAAGAUUCCAGGACAAAGAGUCCAUCUUUCUUGGUUGCGAGAAACUUCUCCAGGAGGGAAUUUAUGAUAGUUGAGUUCUUUGGGGAGGCUCUGCCUUUAGACAGAUGAAGGAGUUCAGAAAAAUGCCUCUUCUCAAAAUCCUUCAGCUUAAAAGAGCAGCACUGUCCAGCGGAAGGUGCAAUGUGAUUUUAAAUUUGCUAAUGGCCAUACUUAAAAAGUAAAGAGAAACAGGUGGAACCAAUUUUGACAAUAUACUUAUAACACAAUCAAAAGUGUUAUUUCAACGUGUAAAAAUUAUUUGAGAUCUUUGACAUUCUUUUUUUGGUAAUAGGUCAUCUGAAUCCAAUUUGUAUUUUACGCGUACCCCAAUUCAAGUGCUCAACAUGUGACUAAUUGGUACCAUAUUAGACAGCAUCUGUCUACAGGGUCCAGCAUCCGGCAUUUUUUAUGGAUUCAAGGCUGCAAAUAUUGCCACUUCUGUAGCUGAACUUCUAGCAGAUCUAGAAAAAAGUUACAGCAAGGUGGGGAGCUCCCAGGGUUAGGAUAUUAAGGUGGAAAGUAUCAAUGGCAAGGCUACAACCUAUAGGACAUCUUUAUGGGAAUUUGAAAACAGGGACUCCUUGGGGCGCCUGGGUGGCUCAGUUGGUUAAGCAUCCGAUUUUGGCUCAGGUCAUGAUCUCCCGGUUCGUGGGU